CCGCCCUUCGUCCUCCGACCUGAGAGUCACUACUUUUCAUCCAUCCCGCUGCCUGAGACCGACCUGCUUUUCCACCCCCAUUGCCCUCUCUUCUGCGCCGCCUUCACUUACGCGCUGCCCCGUUAAUUGCCCAGUUCCUUUCCUUUGACCGCCGCUGGCAGGCCCGAGCACCUUCUCCUCAUCCGCGGUCACGAGCCCGAGUCCAGCAGUUCCAGAUCGCUUUCACCCACGCCCCGACCGGCUGACCUGCUGUUCCCGUCACGACACUCGCAUUGCGCACCGCAGCCAUCAUUCGACGCGCACAUCGAUGAUCGUCUAGCCGCCAAGCCAUCCAUCGAGUGACUCCCCAGCAACCGAACACAGCACCAUCAUCCGCUUCGACGUUGAUGCAUCGCACCGCCCUGCCUGUACCCUGAAAGAUUGUAUAACGCACCUCGACGAACGAGAGGAGGAGGGACGUCCCGGCUUGCAGAACACCAACAGGUACUACCGCCAGCAUGGCGGCGCCACGCAUACCGGGUACCUCGUCGAGGCGCCCAGCACCACCGCCGGAGCUGGAGCCCGACGAGCUCAUAGGAGAGUUUCGCAGGGGCAAGGAGAUUGGGAAAGGCUCUUUCGCUACUGUAUAUCUUGCACAACAUCGGGUAAGUGCCGACUCAGGAGGCGUCGUCCACCUUGAUGAGUCGAAUAUGGAACAGAUUGUUGACAAUUUUGAACAGAAGAGAAAGUCAUACGCAGCAGUCAAGGCCGUCCAGAUGGGAAAACUAUCUAAGAAAUUGAAGGAGAAUCUGGCGACCGAGAUUGAAAUCCUCAAGGGGCUCAAGCACCCGCACAUCGUCCAGUUGUUUGUCUGCACCGACACGCCGUCCUACAUCUACCUUGUAAUGGAAUACUGCCAGCUUUCAGAUCUGGCACAGUUCAUGAAGAAGCGCCACCAGCUGCCCAACCUACCCGAGACCGCAGACAUAUUCAGGAAAUACCCAAACCCAGACCACGGCGGCCUGAACGAGGUUCUUGCUCGACAUUUCCUGAAGCAAAUCACCAGCGCCUUGCAAUAUCUCCGCUCGCAUAACUUGAUCCACCGCGAUAUCAAGCCUCAAAACUUGCUUCUCAAUCCCGCGCCGACCUACAUGUCGAGACUCAAACCCGAAGACGUGCCACUCGCGGCGAGCGAAAACUCGCUGAUUCCCGCUGUUGGCGUCGCAUCUCUUCCGAUGCUCAAGAUCGCUGACUUUGGCUUUGCCCGUCACUUGCCCUCGACAUCCAUGGCUGAGACGCUUUGCGGAUCGCCAUUGUACAUGGCACCUGAAAUCCUUCGAUACGAGAAGUACGACGCGCGCGCCGAUCUCUGGUCGACUGGAACUGUGCUGCACGAAAUGAUCGUGGGCAAACCACCCUUCAGGGCUCAGAACCACGUUGAUCUCUUGCGGAAGAUUGAGAGGGCAAACGAUGUGAUCGUGUUCGACAACAAGCACAUGACCAUCAGCCGUGGCAUGAAGGAUCUGAUCAGAAAGCUUUUGAAGAAGAGCCCUGUCGAGCGUAUGACUUACGAGAAUCUCUUCAAUGAUCCAGUAGUCGUCGACGAGAUCCCAGGCCUUCACUCGGAAGAUAAAGUGCAGGAGCAUGGAAUUCCGGGCUCAGAGGCAUCAGUGUCGGAACUCAGCAAGAGGAUGGCCCGGGCUAUGGAGACUGAAGCUUCACCGCGAUCGACACCAGCACCCGAGCUGCGGGCCAAACGCUCUCAAGACGAUGGCCCGGGACGCGCAAGCCGCAAACCGUCUGAAGAGGCUAUCCCGCAGCGGAGGUCCAUCGACGGGGAACGACGUAAGUCUUCAGUGGGUAGCUCGAACCAGGCAGAGGUCACAGGCAUGAAGCGUCAACCAAGCCAACGAGAACCGCGCCGUCCAAGCAUCGUCGCACACAUAACUGCUCCUGGACGUCAAGAACUCCAGCAGCAGGCUCCGAUGAACCCGGCUCCGCCGAUGCCCAGGCGAGCCUCUCGCUCUUCGCCACUCGCUGGACCGCCACUUGUUCGAGAACCCACUAUUGAGGCAGCGAAAGAAGAUCGCGCUGCUCGCGAGGCUCACGAGCGCACUGCACACGACGUGGCGUUCGAAAAGGAGUAUGUUGUCAUCGAGAAGCGUGCAGUGGAAGUCAAUGCCUUUGCGGACGAAUUGGAUGCCGUGCAUGGGUCGCCAUCCCACCAGGGUGCAAUGGUCAGACGUGCCACGACGCAAGGUCUGCCGAAUUCCCUGCCAGGAACCGCACCUGUCAGUUCUUCAAGAGCCGUUCAAAUGGCGCCCGGACGAAAUGCUCAUCAACGAGGUGGCUCGUUCGAGAGGCGUCUUACGUACUCUCCGCAGUCGGCGACCAACAUGCUGACCAAGGCCUUGACGGCUGCGAAUGCUCGUCUCUUUGGUACCGGUACAUCGCCACCGAUCGGAGGCCCAUCACCGCCGCGUGGUUACAGCGCCUUCCCGGCAUACCCCACGCCUGCAGCAGCGUUGGCCAUAGGCGAUGGCAACGAUAUCAAGCCCAUAGAUGAGGAGACUAGGUUGGUCCGCACGCUGGAGGAGGCAGCACACCGCAGCGAUGUCAUUUAUGGCUUCGCCGAAGUCAAAUACCGGCAAAUACAGCCGGCACCACCUUCGACCCAGGACGCGCUUGGGAUUCAGCAGAUCGGCGCACUCGAGAAACCUGGGGAAGCCGAUGGUGAAGACAGGGACAUGACCAACAUAGCCAUUGUUGGGGUUGCUGAGGAAGCUUUGGUGCUGUAUGUCAAGGCUCUUGCCAUCCUCACCAAGACCAUCGAUCUUGCUGGUUGGUGGUGGAACAAACAGAAGGAACGUGGGGAGGAAGUGCCAACCGAAGCUUCUGGUGCGCACGGUAGUGUUGCACGUCGGAUUUUUGGAGUCGUGAGGUGGUCUCGCGGUCGUUUCAACGAGUGCUUGGAGAAAUCGGAGAUAGCGGGCCGUCGCUUGCAGCAGGCUCAGCGACAAUUGCCCGAGGACCACAGUGGGCACCCGAACAAUCACGAUGCGACUACAGGAUCGUCGGUAGCAGCUUCGGCGGACCAGUUCCGUAUCACGAGCGGCGUCACGGCUGAGCGUCUCAUGUUUGAUCGAGCGGUUGAGAUGAGCAGAGCUGCAGCAGUAAGCGAAUUGGUGGGAGAAGAGCUCAGUGACUGCGAGUUGGGCUACAAGACUGCAAUUAUGCUGCUCGAGGCGGUCCUGGAGACGGAAGAUGACCCGCUCAUGCGCAAGCCCAGCUCGAAGAAGGACAGGCCCGUCGAUGAAGCCAUCAAUGGCAUGGAGACAGAGGACCGGCAGACGGUCUUGCGCAUCAUCGAGAACGCUAGGGGUCGACUUGUGUCUGUGAGGAAGAAGAUCAACGCAGCGCAGACUGCUGUGAAGCGCGCGCCGAGCGGCAGCUCAACGCCGAAGCCAACAAGCAACCCAUCUCCAUCAUUGAUCGCACCCAGCAUCGGUGGCACGCCUCCGCGAUGACCAUGAUGACAUGUCCAGCUCCACGAAUGGACCACGGAAUGGACAGCGCCACGUUUGGCGCCUUUCAGACUUGUCUACUAACAUACCACUUUCGGCUCACACAUGGUCCACGGACUAUUUACAGACGAACGACGACGAUAAUGCACAGCACAGCACAGCGACACGCACCCAGCACGCGACGUUCUACGCAGAGUAUUCCUUUUUUGUUUCCAUGAAGAUUGUUUAGAGCAGCGCCCAUGAAUUGAUGAAACUGAAUCGGGCAUCAGAGUUACGAUGGCGUUUACCUACACGGGUUUCAAGCGGGAGCUACGGUACUGGGAAAUGGGAUGGGACUCGACAGAUUGUGUACGGAGUUACAUGGGAGAAAUAUGGAGAAAGACUGCGAUGAUUUUGAGAUGUAGUGUUUCGGCACGAUGAAAGCUGAACUGCAUGAGGCGUAUAGCUGGAGACAGCAUGGCGAGGAGUCACUUCUGGCGCAACCCUACUUUGCGAGGGAGACAUAUGGGAGAUGGUCGGCAUUGACUCACGGUUUCUAUGAUACCACGACGCGGCCGAGGAAGACAUGAGCCCGUCCAACGCAUGCGAUGAGGCGCAUUAUGCGCGAUCUGGGC